AUGUUCACGGCGGGGGAGCAGCUCCACCCCUCCACCCUCCGCCUGGACGGCAUGACGGCGGACGCCUUCGCGGCCGCGCUCGACUUCAUCUACGGCGCACAGGUGCGCGUGGAGGAGCGCGCCGCCGCGCCGUUGCUGAGCGCGGCGCGGCGCGUGGAGCUGGGGGAGCUGGUGCGAGCGCUCACCGAGCCGAGCCAGGCGCCACAGCGAGCGCAAAGUGCGGCCCCCGGCCAAGUUCAGAGGCUACAAGGUCAGCAGCGACCGUGCCGGGGGGGAGGAGGAAGAGGAGGCGGGACGGAGGGGGGGCAGGAAGAGACACCCCCCCUCAGAGGCGCGAUGCAGGGACUGCGGGAAAGUCUUCAAACACCACCUGUUCCUGCAGGUUCACAGGAGGACUCACACAGGAGAGAAGCCCUUCCACUGCUCCGCCUGCGGGAAGAGCUUCACCCAGAAGCACACGCUGCAGGCCCACCAGCGCGUCCACAGCGGGGAGCGGCCCUUCGUCUGCGCCGUCUGCUCCAAGUCGCUGUCCUCCAAGCACUCGCUGCAGGAGCACAUGAGCCUGCACCAAGGUCUGCCCCCACCGACCCCAAGAACCCACCCAAGAAGACCUUCACCUGUGACAAAUGUGAGAAGAGCUUCACUCAGAAGAGGCAGCUAAAGAACCACUACAGAACCCACACAGGUAAAUCCUUACCAGAGUGUGCCGAGUGUCAGCGCAGGUUCAUGGACACGGCCCAGCUGAAGAAGCAUCUGAGGACUCACACAGGAGAGAAGCCGUUCACCUGUGAGAUCUGUGGAAAGUGCUUCACCGCCAAGAGCACGCUGCAGACACACAUCCGGAUCCACAGAGGGGAGAAGCCCUUUGACUGCGGCGUCUGCGGGAAGACCUUCUCGGACCCGAGCGCCAGGCGGCGCCACGCCGCCACCCACUCAGGGAAGAAAGCCUUCACCUGCUCCGUCUGCAGCCUGUCCUUCACCCGCCUUGACAACCUGAAGACGCAUGCCAAAACGCACAGCAGGGAGGGUGGCGCCGCGGACGCGCAGGAGGAGCCGCGCGGCGCCUUACUGCUGCAGCCCCCCCUCGGCUCAGAGCCGGAGAUCCAGCUGCUGGUGACGGACCAGAACCUUAGCUUUGCUGCAGGUCAGCAGGAGAUCAGCCUCCUGGCUGCUGACGGGGGCGCAGCUCACCCCACCCACUCCAAGUUCACGCUGCUUGCUCAGACCGAUGCCGUGACUCCUCCGAUUCACGCAGUCAGCAUGCUGGACCCCCACCCUGAGCAGAUGCACAUCAUCACGCUUAGCAAGGAGGCGGUGGAGCAGCUGCAGGCCCACCACGACACCCCGCCCUCCCACGGCACCGCACCUGGACAGGUGAGCAGGCCACCGAGCCGGGCCAUUCACGUCAGCAGCCAGAGCGGCCAGCCCAUCUCCAUCAGCCAGACCGGCCAGCAGCUCUGCAGCCACCACAUCCAGGGGCAGAGCUUCCAGAUCCAGGCUGGAACCGUGUCCUACCUGUACGCCAGCGGGCUCCCCCAGGACACGCCCCCUCCUGAGACCACGCCUCUGCAGAAGCUUCCGGGCUCCUGAGUUCAUGUCAUGAAUCGCCCCCACCCCAGGUAAACGCUGAGGUUCUUUGGAUGAUUUUGGAUCAGAAUCUGAGCUGAAGCGCCCCCCCCCUUCUGAAAACAGAAACAAACUGGAGAACCUUUUGGAAAUAAAGUUUUUUCUCUUCA